UCCGCUCUCCUCCCCGAACAGCAUAUAAGGCCCACCAACGAGCCCGGCUUUCCCUCAUCACCAUCAUCAUCUCUGCACUCAAAGUCUACACUUCACCGUACACUUCACCGUACAAAUCUCUAAGAACUUAUCGCCCAGUAUGAGUCUCUUGCAAGACGUCCUCCGCACCCAGACGAUCGAUCAGACUGGGAACACGGUCUCGAUCACGGAACGUCUGCAGACACAGCGCGCAGAUCCUGAGAGCGACGAGGAGAUAGUCGGCGUGGUCUCUGCACCUGGAACCCGCCCUGCGUCACGAGCGCCCUCGCGUCCAUCGUCACCUGCACCUCGCAGCGCUGCUCGUCGGCCAUUCCACAUCGCCUCGUCUUCCACGGGAUUGCCGAGUGAUCCACUCAGAGCGUUCCCCACGGAUGUCUCGCAGCGCGUCUUCUCGCAGCUCUCAGUCAAGGAGCUUGCGCGGUGCUCGCGGGUAUCCAAGAAGUGGAAUAGGAGUCAGACAUUGAACUAUGUCUGGUUCCAACACUACCGGAAGGAGAACUUCCAUGACGAUAGUCUCCCGCCCGGCAAGUGGACCAAGCGCGAGUCGAAGCAGAACUGGCGGACAACCCACCUCCAGACUCUCGCUUCUCGCGACAACGACACCCUCGGCCCCAUAUUCCACUCGUAUUCCGGCCGGUCCACUCCAGGGGGCUCCGGCGCGCAGACACCGCGUGAGGUGCGCGAAGACAAGUGGCGCAUGGAUGCGGAGGGCGAGUCCCGGCCGUCGAAGAACGAGAUGCGCGAGAUGUACAAGGAGCUCAAGGGCCGCAAGGCCAAGAGCAAGUUUAAUGUCGGUGCUGGCGCCGGCAUGCGCGAUAGGGGUGGAUGGGCGGACGCCGGGGAGGAGGAGACAUAAGAGUAGCGGCCAUUAGUUGUGGAACAACUUGAGCAUGCGCUGUGCUCCGUGUACGAUGUAGGAUUAGGAAUUCACAUAUACAAACAAAGCUUGGCUUAAAGCAUUCAAAUGUUCAAAGCACAUCUCUGACCUUACUCGCACGCGAUCGAUACGCAUGGCAGCCUUUUCAUUGGUUGGUUCACGUCUUCGACGUCCGUUUUAGCUGCAGUAAAGCCGAGGUGUGCUGCGCGACGACACACUGAAUCGAUGCCUCUGCAUGCAUCGCUUACUACUAUGUACUGGGGUCUUGAAACGGGGGAUCGUACGUUCACUUACACUGGUACCAUUUCAUACUCUCCAACCAUGCAUGAACGUAUGGACAUAC